AUGAAGAAGAAAGUCCACCCCUCUUCCACGCCGCCAAAGAAGCUCCGGAGACUCCCCCACCUGUUCGCCAGCGUCCUCGAGCUCCCCUUCCACUCAAACGCCGACGUUUCCAUCCAAGAAACCUCUGACUCUUUCAUUUUCUCCGUCUCCAUGCCCACGCAUGUGCCGUCGCCCACCACCCAACGAAUAACUGGGGACCACGUUGCUGUGCGGGCUCACACGACAGAGAUUUAUUCCGGAGUGACAAAGACUGUGAUAAGGAAAACGGACGGUGGUGAUUUGUGGUGGUUGGACGGAGGAGUAGUGGACGAUCUUGAUCUCUGGAGGUAUCGGCUGCCGGCUUCGACGAGACCGGAGUUGGCCAGGACUACGUGUACUGGGGAAAAACUGGUUGUAACAGUUCCGAAGAAGAGGAGGUUUUGGGUGAAGUAA